AUGGUCACUACUGAACAAAAUCUCGUUGCUUCAUCCACGCCAACUUCCAAUCACCAAGUUCAAUUUUCAAAAUAUGUGAGAAAACACUUGAAGGAAAAACAUCAAUUUGAAAAAGAAAAGAAUUUAAUUUUUCGAUACUUACUCGAAUAUCAUUAUUUGGGUUUACAUUUGAUGAUUGAAAAUAAUUUGUAUCGUCGUGACAACUCGGAUUCAAAAUCAUUACUCGGAAUUGAUGCCACAAAUUUAUAUUUAUUUGCAUUGAAAUAUCAAAAACAGAGACUUCGAUUGAAAUUAUUAUAUUUUCUUGCAGAAUUGAAUUUUUACUCGAAUGUGUUAACAGAAUUGGAUGUGACUCAUAUCACUCAGAACUCGACGCUCAUCACUCAGAUGGAACAACAAAUUAAAGUGCACGAAAUUAUGAACAUGACGAGAGAGAAACCUCCAGCAUUCCUAUGA